UCGUUGUAUAAACCAUAUUGAUGUAACCUUAAAUGCAGAAAUAUGUCAUUAAUAAAGUAAAUGUAAUUCAAAGUCACCGACUCGAUAUGUUUUACUGUGGAAAUGUGUCGGAAUUAUGUAUUAAUCAAAUAAAUUGAAUAAUAAAAAACGAUGGAUGAUAUAAAAGCUAUAGCGAUUUUGUCUGAACAAAUACAAACUCUUAGGACAGCACCGGAACCCCCAAAAACUAUUGAUGAUGGAGAAAACUACAGCGAUAGAAUUCAAAGGAUGCUAGAAGAAGUAACGACUGAAGUUAAAAGAGUGGCAGCAUACGUAGAACAAGUGGAAAAGAAACUGCAAGAACUAGUAAAUUCACAGUUAGUUUUAGUUAAGAAAAACCAGGAUGCUCUACAAACCCUUUUCGCGGAUUUUCAGUUUAACACGAUAGUGUCAGGCAAUGUUGUUAAAGGUGGUAAACCGUCAGCUGUUGAUAAGUUACAGUUGACUCACGAAAUCGAGAAAGCCUCUCGAGCAAUAAUGAACGAUCGACUUAAUGAGUUGGUGAAAGGGACAGAAGUGGUCCUUGCGAAACUUAAAGAUGGCGCAGAACUUUAUAAAGAGGAUAUGGAGAACCUCAAAGGGUGUCUUAAAGACUGGAAGAAUUCAAAAGCCUACGAAAAAAGGAAACAAAAGCAGGAACGAAGAGAAAUGGAAAAGAGAGAAAAAGAAGAACAGAAGAAACAAAAAGAGGAGGAACGGAGGAAAAGGUUCUAACUGAAAUAAUUAAAAUAAAUAAAAUCUAAAAUAAAAAUGAUAAGUAAUGGAUAAUACAACACUGACAACUGACUUGAGUGCGCAUGCGCAUACGUCAAUAGAUAAAAUCUAAAUUCUCGUCUAAAAUCUUUUUUUUUCAGCUCUUUCACAAGGUUAUUUAGUGGUGAGAUUACU